AACUGAACUCGGAAGCGGAAAGAUCCCUGAGGUCAUCAAUAUGGCAUUCUGCAGUAUAAGGAGAAUAUUCUUGGUCUCAGGUUCGUUACCGAGUUUUCAAAAUGUUCCCAAGUGGCUACCACUAUUUGAGAGAGUUAUAUUGGGGAAAUGGAUACAACCAACUCGCGGAUUAAGGGAAGUCACAGAAAAUAAGGAUGGGAAGACAACAGUUAUUGAAGGCCAUAUUGUGGAUAUGAAAUCCCCAACACAGGUGCCCCCCAACCCUUCAGGCCAGUGCCCCAUUUGUCAAUGGAAUUUGAAGCACAAAUAUAAUUACACAGACGUGCUGCUCUUGAGUCAGUUCAUUAGGUCAGAUGGCUGUCUUCUACCCCGUAGAAUCACAGGAUUAUGCUUUGAAGAACACAAGAAAGUUGAAGUGUGUGUAAAGAUGGCACACAGAGCAGGUUUACUACCAAAUCACAGACCACCUCUUCCUGAAGGUCACAUACCAAAGAAACCAAAGCCUCAGUUCAACAGCUAUCUCACACGUUGGUCAGUGGGGUCUGUGAAGCCCAUCUGGAAGAAGGGAUUGAAAUGGUGCAAGGUCAGAAUGCCUGUGGGUGAUCCUCUGUUAAAGGACAAUAUUCGAUAUGGGAAAAAGCCUAUGUAUUUAAAGCACUGAAAUGAGACUAUCCUAUGGCAAAAGCCUAUCCUUUUCUGCUUUGAAUAAAAUAAAUAUUUGGCUUCUGUGAAAUAUUUAUCUGAUAUUGUAGUCUACUUUUAUAAUGGUCUGUCUGCUUGAAUUGAUUUUGACCAGACUUACAGUCUAAAUGACAUGUACAAAGUGCCAGCUGAAGUAGCACAGUUAAUCCCUUGUACAUCUUGUGUUGGUCAUACUUCUGUAGAAUUAACUGCUCUUCACAAUUGUGUACUGAGUUGCAAUGUAAGAACAUCGGUAAAAUGCUUAGUUCAGGCAGGAUCAUUUUUUGUUGAGUUGCCAUUCACAAUGUACAUCCCCAGGCUGUAAAUUAUCAAGCUGUUUGUUUUUGCUUACACCAUGUAUAGUAUUCAUGUCAUAAGAGGUUGAAUUCAGUUGAGCUGUAUUGUAUAGUAUGCCAUGAGUUGUUUUCCAUUAAAUGCUACACACAGUGCUUUAUAGAUAUUUAA